UACUGAUAUUAAGCGGACUCAAACAUAAACAUCACCCUGUAACCAGCUGCAAACUAGCCUAGAACGUACAGGAAGAGGUAUAAAUUGCCGAAUAUUUGCAAAACUGGAAAAGCAAGCAGCUAUGGCCGUGACCCAUUGAUCGUGCGCCAGGCAGCGGGCGGCCUCAGCGUCGAUCCUGCUCUCGUACAGUAAGGACAUUUUCCGGUAUAUUUCCCAAGAGCGCCCGUUCCCUCGACAUAUUUCCCAUAAUUAUGACAGGGGUUUGAUUUUAAGGCCGAGCACCACACCCUGGCCCGAGAUACGUUUGCGAAGUACCACUGUAAUUACUGCGAGGAGGAUGUCAACGGACUGAGGGUGCGUUGUCUGGAGUGCGACGACUUCGAUCUCUGUUUACAGUGCUUUUCUUGCGGUGCGGAAAUUGGCAAACACAGAAGGAACCACGGGUAUCAAUUUAUGGCCGGUGUUUUCCAGGACACAGGAAACUUUAGCAUUUUCCCUGGUCAAGGCCACUGGACAGCACGUGAGGAGGUCAGACUAUUGGAUGCUAUUGAGCAGUAUGGCUACGGCAACUGGGAGGACAUUGCACGGCACAUUGAGACGCGCACGCCUGAAGAUGCCAGGAACAAGUACAUCAGCAGUUACAUAGAGGGAAACAUCGGGCGGGUGUCAUGGAAACCCGCCAUGGAGAGGUUACAGCUGCCCAUAGAACACACCACCACGGACACCGGCCCUCUCUCUCCGACCCUCGGCUCCUCCCUCCCCUCACAGCCACUCUCCUCGGAGGAAAACACCAUUCUGGGCUACAUGCCACACAGAGAUGACUUUGAGAGGGAGUGGGACAAUGACGCAGAGGCCACAAUAGCACCUCUCUUCAUACACCCAGUGGAUGAUGAGGAGGUGGACAUGGCUCUUAAGCUAGCACAGGUGGAUAUGUACAUGCGGAGGCUUCGUGAGCGAUCUCGGAGAAAAAGGGUGGUGAGGGACUUUCAGAUAGUGCCCCAUUUCUUCAAGAAAGAGAAGGAGAAAGCUCAAGUCCCUCCCAAAAAGAAGAGCAAAGAUGACAGAGACAGUGUGGCAGAAAAGUUAAGAGCUGCCAGUCAGUUCCAGACUGCGAGUGAACACAACAAUCUCAUAUCAUCAUUGGUGCGGGAGAGGGAGCUCAGAACCAGAAUCAAAGAGCUGCUGAGGUAUAGAAGAAAUGGGAUCAGACACGUUGAAGAAUGCCAUGAGUUUGAGGUAGCCAGAGCACGGAGAGACAAAAAGAAAGAGAACAAAAAGAAGGCAGCCAGCCUGCCUCAGACUCCAACGACUCAAAUGGACCUGUCCGCAAAGUCAAAAGAAAACGACGCAAGAAGUCCGAAAUGUUUAGCAGAAAAAAAAUUCACGCCUCUCGAUACUGGAGGUGGAAAAUGGCUCAGCGCGAGCUUGAGCGGCAGCGUGCUGAACGGGAGCGACAACAUGAACAACUGGGGGGGCGGGAGCAGCACAGCACAGGGGGGCCCGGGGGGGGCAGCCGGGGCGAGUGAUGACCCAGUCCCCAUCUCCUCACUACCAGGAUACCAUCUCCUGUCCCAGAGGGAGAGGAAGCUGUGUUCCUCCACAAAUAUCAAACCAUCUCAGUACAUAGCUUACAAGGCAGUUUUACUGAAGGAUGAAGGCGAUAAGCAGCAGUCUGGUGUGGGCCCAUCCACCCGACGAGGGGCCUGCACCCCUCAGGGGCUUGACUCUCAGGCCCAGCGCAUGAUCACCAACUUCAUGACUCAGGCUGGAUGGAUUUCCUCGUUUACGUGACCAUCAGUGAACUAUGGGACCUGAGCCCUACAGUCCCACCCUCUGUUGUGAGCAGUGGCCAUGCUGCUGCUCAUGCCUGUAGGGCCAAUGCUGAAAGCUGUCUUGGGUCCCAUACAAAAGUGUUUGUACCUGGAAUGGGUUAUAGAAGAGGGUCCAGGGCUCUAGUCUGCCUUGGCCCCUCUUGCUUGGUCUGUGGCGCAGCUGCUGAUCUGUGAAUGAUAGCAACUCACAAAGUGAUGUUGUAUUGAUUUUUUUUUAUGAUAUCGUUUAACAAGAUGUAUUUAGGGUAAGACACGAUGGUAUCUUUUACGGUGUGCAUUUGUGGAUUGAAGCAUCUUCACAGAGGACAUAUCAAGGGUGGUCUACAUGGCCUAGUGUUCCAGACUGACAAUGCUGCAUCAUCUUGCUGCCCAAAUGUGUGGCAAGAGAGCCUUAAGUCCUUAUGAUAGUCAUAAGUAACAGUAAAACUUAGCUGCAAUAUUUGCAUAGAGCUUGUACUGGUGAUGGUUGUGUAGCUGUCUCAUUAUUCCCAUUAUUUUACUUCCCAAUAGAGUCUUUCUUCAGACACAAGCCAUUUAUUAGCUAAUAUUUUAGGAUAUGCAACCCUAAGCAAUUUGUUACUGUUGGUGUUUACAUGUAUGUAAUCAUGCAUACCAGCAUGUCCAAAUGUAAAUGUUGUGUAAUCCUGCACCCGAGCCAAGGGUUUGUGCUGCCCCUGAUCUUGAGUUGUGUUGGUGUGGUGCACAGUGAUGUGGCUCCCGUGGUGUGCAGUACAGUUCCUGGGGCAGGGUGGGGCAGGUAAGGGCAGGUGUACAGGGGAGGCCCAGACUUGUACAAAAGUAUCUUUAUGUAUUAUUCAUGAUAUCUCUUUAACUCUUGACUUUUGGUAAGAUGGUAAAAGACUUUAAUUACUAUUAAGAAAGUGCAUUUUUGAGACUGGAUUGUCUAGGUUCAAAGUUUAGAAUUUCUUGAUUUGAUGAACAUUUGUCCUCAGGAUGUUUGCAAGUCAGGCAUUUUCCGAACUACAUUCUUAUAAAUAUUUAACAAAUGUGGCAUUACAAAGUUUACACAGCACCAGCACUGCUGUGGAAAUUGGAAGGUUCCUGGAAUUAUCAAUCUAAAAUUAUAAUAAAUGUUGACAAAGGUGACUCACCGUUGAUAAUGGGUAAAGUUGUUGUCAUUAUAAGGCCCCAAGACUCAAAACUUAGGCUCAAAAUAGUUAUUAGUGUGUCAAGACUGGCAGCAGUGAUCCAUCUUCAAUCAUGAUUUCAAGAGUUGUUUCCUGAAGGAUUCAUGUGCAUAAACUGUAUUCAGGUAUUGAAAUAUAUUUUAGUGAAAGUAGAGAAAAAGCUUGAUAUGGAUUAUUUAAUUUUAUCAGUGAAAGGAAUUUUCAAGCUGCUGGUCCAUUAUGGAGGAAGGUUGAGUAAUUAUUGUAAUUAUUUUUUUUACAGAAAAAGUUUUGUAUUGUAUGUAUGAUUAAGGGUGUUUCAUUAUUGCUAUUUGUGAGCAGAAACUUUACAUUGAAACUUCUUUGUAACAUUUCCAUCAGAGGCUGACACUUCUGUCUCAGGAGAACUAGAACCAUUUGUGUAUAUUCUGGCCAGAAGGUUAUUAAGUCAAUUUUAUUGUAUCUAAAAUGUGCUUCAUGUAGAACUAAUAAAGGCAAUGAAUGAGAGGGAAUGAUGGAUUCAAGAUUCACCCAAUAUAAAGUCACCGCAAAAAAAUAUAUAUUCUAAAUUUUCCAUUGUGUCAGAGAUUCCUUUCCAUCACUUCCAUCAGUCCAGUGCAUUGAGGUCACAUCUGUUCAGUUUCUGCUCAAAACUCUAGUCAUGGUGAUAGCAAGGCCUCCAUUUUAGACAUCUGAUGUAAGGUUGUUGUUGGUUAUGUUUCUUCCUGCCAUGGCCACGGCAGCACACGGGGCUACAAGACCCAAGAUGGUAAAAACUGUUUGCUCCUUUGUUAUAGCUGACACGAGGCACAUCUUGCUGUCACUUGUUGGGCAGAUCAGGACGAAGCUGGUAUCACACUAAUGAGCCCUGGCUGAGAUUAGUUUGUCUCCUGUAAGGAUCUGAGAGGCAAACUCAGUAGUGCAGACUUGCUGUGCUUUUACAUUAUCAGGUGCUUCCUGUUUUUUUUUUUUUAUUAUUAUUAUUAUUAUUAUUAUUAUUAUUAUUGAAUUUUUUAUUUAUUUAUUUAUUUAUUUAUUUAUUUAUUUAUUUUAUUUAUUUAUUUAUUUAUUUUUUUUUUUUUUUUGUGUGUGUGUGUGUGUAAUCAUAUAUACAUUUUCUAACAGCUCAUUAGCCAUGACUUGCUCACUACUUUUUUAUUUCAUUACACCCGAUGGCACUAACAGUCUGAGGUGGUGAGCUAACACAACCCUGGAGAUGAUGCCAAGUAGGUGUGUUGUGUGGCCAUGGGACAGGCAGGGGAACAAUGUAAUGACAUUUACAAGUGACUGCUCUAAAAGAGGGACCUGCAUUGUUGUAAGGAAGGUUCAGUAUUACAGUGAUCGGUGACGUGAUCAGACUGAGGGAGACUGGUAACCUGAUGUGUGGUGAAGAGCUCCUUUGUCAAAUACUCUUAUUAGAAAUAUAUUUAAUGUAAAAUUA